AGCCACACAACUUACUCAUCCUCAUCAAGCAGCACAGCUCCAGUACUAGUAAGUAGCAGCACUUCAUCAUCAGUGAUCUAGCUAAGAGACACACACAGUGCACGUGAAAUGGCUCGGCUGGUCGGUGCCGCCGGCGCGUGCGCGCUCCUCGUCAUCCUGCUCAUGGCGUGCGCGGCGUCCGCAGCGCGCAGCGAGCCAGGCGCCGCGCGGCAGCUGUGGGACGACGGGAGGAAGGUGGGGGGACGGACGGAGGUGACGGACGUGGAGGGCGACAGGGAGGUGCAGGAGCUGGGGCGAUACUCCGUCGAAGAGCACAACCGGCGCCGGGAGGAGGGCUGCGAGGGCGGCGGCGGUGUCUGCGGCCGGCUGGAGUUCGCCCGCGUGGUGUCGGCGCAGCGCCAGGUGGUCUCCGGAAUCAAGUACUACCUCCGCGUCGCGGCCGCCGAGGAAGGUGGCGCGGGGAGCAACGGCGUCACCGACGGCCGCGUGUUCGACGCCGUGGUGGUCGUGAAGCCCUGGCUCCAGUCCCGCGCUCUGAUCAGGUUCGCGCCGGCCGACGCCAAAUGAGCAGCUGCAUGCGCGAUCCGACGAGAACCGCUGCGUGUCUUCUUUGCGCGCCAGAGUACGUAAUGUAAGCUCGAAUAACGGAGUGUGAGGUACCGAGGUAGGGUUGAGCGCCAGAGUAUGGAGAAUGUAUGUACGAUGCGGCGGUCGAAGUUUUGUGAGGUCUCCCGGAUAAAAAGUUUUGCAAGAAGAGAUGAGAGUGUCGAAAUAAAUACUAACUAGUAUGACAAGACUGUUUUUUCCCCUGUA